CAAGAGGGGCUGACCCAGGACUCAGGGUUGCCUGGAUAUCACGUGGGUCCAGGGCUAUUCAGGUAUGAACACCCGCAGCGUUUCUUCCCCCUUGUCCUAAACAACGAGGAGCAUUGUCAGAGCGCCGGAAUCAACAACCUCUUAAGAAAUGCGCUGCUUCGUAACGAGAAGGGGACUGGCCCGGACGCAAAAACGAAACAUCCUGGCACAGGUGUGGCUCCCUCAUAAUGGAGAUUGGCAAGUUCAGAAGAAAUCUGGUCGCAACCCGGGUGUGGUUAUAGACUGCUGCCAGCUGCCUAUGAUGCUUCAUUUUCCUCACAGUAUCACCUAAACAGGUCCAAGGAAUCUAACAUGGACUUCAAGCUCAUCAAGCUACCGUCUUGUUUUUAGAAGCAACAGAGGGUAUAGGACCAUGCUGAGUGAAACUGAGCUCUCUGGUCACUCUGUUCUGUCAAAAGUGUUGAUAUGAAUAAGCCCACAACCUGCUGCUGUGACCUCUGACCUGUCAUGGAGAACCCAGAGGUUGAGUCAGACUUUCUGCGGAGUGUGCAUGCCCUUCUCCGGGAACUUGAUGGCCACCAUCCAGCUUUCCAGAGUGAGAGAGGAAUGUUGCGGUGGACCUUGCACAAGAAAAUUGAGAGGAACCCUAGCAAUGGAGUCCUCUUGAUCAAAAUCCUGGUGAAAGAACUGGAAAGGGCAGAAAGAUGUAACUACCGGCAGUACAUCAUCCCCUUGCUUCACACGCUGAUGUACACACUGAUAAAGACCCCGUCCAUUCCUGAUGACCUCUAUGAGAGAGUGUAUGAUUUCUGCAAGAAGCUGCUCACUCUGCCCAAACCAUACUGCACUAUUGGCCUGGAUUAUGCCCAGCAAGUAAAGCGGGAACGGACAAUUCCAGGAAUAUUAUACCAAAGAAUGGUUGCUGCAGAGCAAAGUAUCAAGAAUGAUUCCUACCCUUUUCAGGAAAAGGUGUUCAUGUUUGCUGAUCCUGAUUUGCUUUCUCGGGCAGUAUGCCGAGCACUCAUUGAUGAGAUCAGGGCCGCUCAGACAUUCCAGUGUGCCAGGUCCUGCAUGCUCUAUGUAAUAGAGCGUGCCUCCCAAACAGCACUAAAGGGACACUGUGACGUUAAGAACUUGCACGGCAUUCUUCAGGUAAAACCUUUGGAUGUGAUUGAACACUGUUUCCAGCAAGUAAUGGCAGCUGCUACAGCUGAACAUAGAGGAAGAGAGAUGAGUGCAGAAUACAAUCAAUAUGCUGAGGAAGUGGGGAAAAUCUACAACAGACUCCUAAGUGAAAAAGAAAAAGAUGUGCAAAAGGCGGAAGCAGAAAGAAGCCAAGGCAUCCCUUUACCCAACCCUAACAUCAGUUUCCACCUGUGGAGAGAUGAAGACCAGCUUUGGAAAGAGCUGGUGCUGUUCCUCCGUUCACCAAGCCAGUCCUCUGAACAGGAUUCUGUGAGCGGAGAAUUGGACUGUUUUGAAUUUCAAGACUUGGUGCCUGACUACGAACACGGUGAAUGGACGCGCUUCUCCGUGCUCUCCAAUGACAGUGGAAUUGAGCAAGACCUGCCCAUGGCAGGUGAUGAAAGCCCUUCUUCCUGCAGUGUGGAGGCUGAGCACUCCCGACUCCAGAGGAAGGGCUGCGUGAAGAAGAAGGGGACUUCUUUGGAUAGCCUUCCUUUCCUGCAGAGUGGCUGCGAUGGGCGAGGUGCAAAGCCUGCUGGGAAACUGCAUCGGAAAUCUGGUGGUAGCGUCAUGGAGCCAAUAGUUCCAAUGAAGAGACUGCACACGGCCCGUGUCUUGGUGCUGGGUGACGACAGAGUUUUGGGGCGUCUUGCCCAGGCUUAUUAUUCCUUGAGGAAGCGGGAGAGCAGACGUGCAUUUCUUACAAAGAGACUAAAAGUGGAGUUUUACUACGUUCCUGUUGUGGAGGAACAACCAGCCUCUUCUAAGGAGGAAUAUGCUGUGUUUGAUCAAGCAGAGCCUUGUGAGAUAGCUGCUUACCUUGGAAGAGUUGACCCAUGGUACGAGAACAACAUUAACACCCUGUGUCACAUGAUUCCGAAGCUGGCCACCAUGCCCUCUUCUCCAAGCAAAAUGGCAGUCUCUGAAUUGUUCAUCAUUGAUGUGAUUGCAUAUUACGUGCGUCUGGGCUUGCAACCAGUCUUCUUCCAGGUCUAUGCAGUGAAGCUCUCCUUCAAUAAUGGAACUUUGGAACCAGUUGAGGAUAUUUUUCUCAUUGAACUGAGUGCAACACUUGAAGAAUCCAACUCAUCCAGAGAUGGUCUACCAAUGAAGAAGAAGCCAACAGUAGAAGUUCCUGGUAUGGAUCUUACACUAUCCUAUAAAAAGGUUUUGCUAAGUAACCGUGAAAAGGAAGAGUCUGUUUCUUUGCGAUCCACUGGUCUGCUUAUGAAAGCCAUUCCUUCAAAUGAGAUUGAAGGUAAAGACUAUGAUCUGGUGUGCUUGCAUGUGAAUAUUGCUGAAGUUGUAAAAACCUCCAACCUCUCAGGACGAUCUUAUUCUUUAACCACAAACACUAUUCGAACAAGAAAUAUCAAAAUCAGAAAUACUGAGCACAGGUCCUUCACUGUGCGCCUGGACAAAGACUCUAGACGAGUGUACAAAAAUGUUGUCAGUAUUGAAGUUUGUCCAUGCCUGGAACCUAGCUAUUGUUUGCAAAAGACAAAAAACAAGCAGGCCAACCCACAGGAAGAAGAAGAUGUAGGACUGGCCAAAUACUUACCAAAGGCUUUAUUGCUACCCAUCAACACAUUUGCAGGGAUUGUUCAGUGAACAGGCUGCCAGUGACAGCAAAUCACAUGUUUUGUUGGAUUUCAUUGGGGAAUAUACCUGUAAUUGGGAAACCAAUGUGAAGGGUUCCAAGUGAAAAGGAAACAGCCGGAGAACAUUGGCAGAGCAAUAAGUUAGGUCUUCCACAGGAGAUAAAAGGUAGCCUGACACACAGAAGCUGUAUGGUUCUAUAACAGAAAAGUUGGGAGCAGAUGAAGGUGGAAACAGCAAGGUAUGAAAUUCUGAGGCCUUCUUUGAAAUACAGAAAUGAGGAUAGAUUUUGUUUCAUUUGCACAAUAACUGAACUGACAAUAAUACAGAAUAAAAUUUUGUUGGAGCUGCUCCUCAGGGGCUCUAGUUGGGAUCAUAGUUCAGUUGCAUGAGAUGUCCAAACAUUUUUAAAACAUGGUUAUUCUGUAGAACUGCUAUAAAUAACUUAGAGCAGUUGUUUAUGUGCCUGUGGCAAUUACAUAGUAGAUGCAAUGUAGCAGAACAAAUUGUUUUUUUCUUUUUGUUACAAAAUUAUUGGGAUAAUGCUAUACUGAUAUGUGCCCAUGAUUCCUUUAAUAUGGAAUUAGAGGAAAGAGAAAAAUAAACAGGAAACAGAAAAACACGUGCAAAUUUACAGAAGAAACUGAACAUGAGCAUUAGUCAUUCAAAUGCUGUGGAAUACCACCAAAUGACAUCCGAUACUAUAGACAAAAUAAAAUUUUCUGUGGAUAGACAGAGUUCAAGAAUUUUUCCAUGAGCACUGCAGGCAUCCAUUUACAGGAUGCAUUGUCUGUGAAGUCAGGGAGGAAAGAACUUGUGACACUCUUUGUACAGGAGUAAAAAGGCUAUUGAGUUUGACUGCAGCAGUCAGGCCUGCAUUCCUCCCUGCCUCUCAACUGUUUAUCAAAUAAGGUUUUCUAUUUUGUAUUUUAACCCAUAAGUGGAUUUUGCUUUAAUCAAAUUAAAGCAAAAUCCACUAUAAACAAAGUACUUAAAAAAACAGGUCCAGAAGUUAAAAACUUCUUAUAAAAGAGGAGGGGAAAGAAAUAAAACACAAACUUGUUGCAAUCCCAAAGUGGAAAUUUGUCUACUUGCUGCUAUAGCCUGCUCUUCAAAUAUUUAGCACAAAAGAUUGCCUGAUCACAUUGACACAAAAGCCAUGCUGGAUCAGACCAAGGACCUGUGGGGUGUGGCAUUCUGUUCACACAGUGGCUACAAGCAGGGCAUUGCAACAGCAACCUCCCCAGCAUCUUCCUUCCUGAGCAACUGGCCUACAAAAGCAUACUGACUCUUACAACAUAGGAAAUAUAUCAUGGCUAGCAGCUUGUGAUAGCUUAAUCCCAAAUGAGCAUUGGCAAUGCUCUGUUAACUACAUCUCCACAUUAUUCAAGGACAGUACACACAAUAGGGUCACAGUGGGAAGUUUUACACAGCAUGGCAGUCAGGCUUCUCAGCAGGAAUAACAGCAGCUUAAAUUCAGUACAAAAUGUGUGCUGCUUAUAUAUACAGUGGUGCCUCACUAAGCGAUUGCCUCGUUUAACAAUGUAUUCGCUUAGCG